CCUUAAUAUCUGAAAAUAAAAUACAUUAUCUUUUGGACGAUAUCUCCUGAUGCCAUGCACAUUAAUGUGUUAAACAUAUAAUUAUUCUAUUCAGCUAUAAGAUAAUAUUUUAUAAAAUAUCAAUUUAGAUGAAUUUCAUCAGCGCUUCAAAAAUAUGAACUGAUCGUUGAAAUGUCAUUAAAAUGAGCUUGCCGUGGUUUUAUGAAGGACCCCGGAGACCCAUAUUGUCUUGCGUUUCUUAAACAGUGUGCCAGCUUUUCGUCAUGUAUAAAUUACAAAAUCAAAAUCAAAAGAAACAAUCAAACACCAAACUUAACAGUUAAAAAAACAAACAUUUGGCUCCGUCAUUCAGAGGUAGAUGAACCCGACCCAUUUCCAUUUCAAUUGUACCGUAGUCUUGUGCAUUGAUAGACUGAUUAAUUUUAUUUUUUUGGUGUGAAAAUGUCGUGUUUUUUAUCCGAAUAAGACCGGAAACAAUGACCAAAAAAAGGAAGCUUUAGAUCACGACACUUUGCGAUUUAAAUCAAACGUCUGUUGAAAACAUUCAAAUGUAUGCGUAGAAGAGGAGGAAAUAGUUUGUUUAUAAUGGUGAAACGUAUGCAGGGGGAAAAAGGAGAAAAGAUUUUUUACAACGGUAAAAUGAAGGCGAAUGUGUAACGACCCAUUAUCCAAAAUCUUCUUUAUUGAUUGGAAUUUGGCUGAGUCAAUGUGACUCUUAUUCAUUAUAAUGAAGUAGCUCUGUACAAUGUUUAUAUGACAACAGCCCAGAAGUGAAGUGGUUUUGGUAUUGAAAUGGCAGCAUGAAACACAGGUAUACAACUUGAUUACGUACCCCUACAAUACGUUACAUCUGUCUCGCCCCGUCAGGAAUACACCAUUAAACUCCUCUUCACGACAAACCAGCAUUUUCAAUAACACUACUCGAAUGUUUGUCUUUUUCCUGACCAGACCCUGACAGUUUUCUCUUAUCUUUAUGGCGCAUCGUAAAGACCGAAAAAUACAACCAGUCAUGGCAUAAAAACUUUCAAUUGCUCUGUUUUAGUCUGGAUGAUCCGGGUUCUUUCAUCUGAUUAAGAUAAGGACAGACGUCUGAGGCCAGCGAGAUUUUAAAGAAGAGAACAAUUUUAGCAUCAAUGGAUCGUGGUUCCAGAGACAGCUCCAUCUAUGGCGACGAUUUGAGCGUAACAGAUCUCGAGGAGAAAGAUCGCAUGGAAGCGAGUAUCCGAAAUUUUGAGGAGAAAGAUCACGUAGACGGGAGUUUCCCGGCGGAUGACACAACCAAACACAAGGGAAACAUUGAAAGUGGUAAAAAGUUCAGCUGUGAAAAUUGCGAUAAAGUUUUCACAGACCCUAGCAACCUUCAACGUCAUAUCCGCUCACAGCACAUUGGAGCUAGAAGUCAUGCUUGUGGAGACUGCGGAAAGACCUUCGCGACAUCUAGCGGACUAAAACAGCACCAGCAUAUCCACAGCAGUGUUAAGCCUUUCCAAUGUGAAGUCUGUCUCAAGGCGUACACCCAAUUCUCCAACCUUUGUCGUCAUAAGAGAAUGCACGCCGACUGCCGCCAGCAGAUUAAAUGUAAAGAUUGUGGACAAGCCUUUUCCACUGUAACUUCUUUAAGUAAACACAAGAGAUUUUGUGAAGGUGCUAUGAGGAGCGGGGUUCAACUUGGGUACAGUCAUAUCGAGAAACAAAUGUCUGGUAACCCUGCAGUGGGUGUAGCUCCCCUGAAUUCUGCGUUAUUACUAGGACUGUACCGUCAUCAGCCCACCUACCCGCCUUUCUAUCAGCCGGUGGGUUCUACCUACCCCUCGCUAUCAGGAAACUUUUAUAACGACAUACCGAAAUCCUCACUGACAGCUAUACCUCAUAACAUCGCAUCGCCAGAAGAAUUCUUCAAAUAUCACAAGGCUCGCAUGUCGUUGGAGGCGUCACGUAGUAAUACUGGUAGGAAUUCGGUGGAAUCCGACUCCUCUAGUAAAUCUCUUACGUCACCGAAGAGCGAUUACGAACAGUCUACUUCAGAUAUUGAAAUGGAUCACUAUCGAUCAUCACCAUCUAAUUCCAAGGAAAGUAUGACGGAACAAGACCGUAAGAUAUCCUCUAAGAGUGAGUCUGAGAAACACGUGGCUUUGGCCAUCGAUUCCCCUUUCGAUAUGUCCAAAUCCAUUAAACGAGAAUCAUCCAUAUCACCGUCUUCUCAUAGCUCAUUCUCUGAGGAAGAAAGCUCCGAUCAACCCUUGGACUUGACGAAGAAAGCAAAAAUUGAAACUCCACCUUCUGAAGGAACAAGAAGAGCUCACGUGUUCGGUUACCCAGUUUCUUCAGAUCUUCCUAACUGUCUCACAUUUGGAAUGAACAGUCCAUUUCUCAUGCAGUCUGCAUUAUCUUCAAAGGAAACACAUCGUUCAUACUCCGAUUUUUCACGGUAUCUUCCAUUUUCAAGUCUUGGUGGUUCACGAUAUGCCAUGGUUCCUCAGCUUGAUCAGCUGCAGAAAUGUGAUCCAGAGAGUCGAAAUGUCUUAUCUGUCAGUGGAUCGUCCCCGGCAACUUUCGGACCGUUUACAUUUCCGUCUGGAGGGGGCAAAGUUCGGGAGCGGUACUCGUGUAGAUUUUGUGGAAAAGUAUUCCCACGGUCUGCCAACUUGACCCGUCACCUUAGAACUCACACAGGAGAACAACCCUAUAAAUGUAAAUACUGCGAACGGUCAUUUAGUAUUUCCUCUAACCUACAAAGACAUGUCAGAAACAUUCACAAUAAAGAGAAGCCAUUCCGAUGUGAGUUGUGCGAUAGAUGCUUUGGACAGCAGACGAACUUGGACAGGCACCUGAAGAAACACGAGACGGGCGGUGUGGACAUGCGAGAUUCUCCUGUGGAUCCCGAGCUUCAGGACAGCCGCCCAAGUUCUGUCGAGCCAUCCAAGGACGUCCUUCUAGAAAAUAAUAAAACGGCCGACAAGUCUUAUCCCAACUGCGCUAGUGAUGUCGACAUUGCAGAAGAGGAAUCAGACAUUGAAGUGGACAGUGAGUCAGAUUUUGAAGAUAGAAGUCACUCAUUUUUAAGAACUGCAGUUACUAUGUCCGAAAAGCCAAACAACGUGGACCGGGAGAAGACCGGGUUUGCGAGUAACCACCACCUUGAAAUGCAGAAAAAUAUUGUGAUUUGUCCAUCGUAACCGUAUCUGAUUUAAAUUUGUUUUGUUUUGUAUUUUUGUUUGUGAUGUUUACGUGAUGCCAUUGAAGACACUGUGAUUCCUGGUUUAUUUUCUAGAGUACAGAUAUCUGUAUAUACUUUUAGUCACGUUCUUUUGUAUUAUUUAUUCACAUAAGGUGUUCAGAUACAUGUAUUGUAUUGUAGUGCAAUUUGAUGUACCGUUAAGAAAUGCCCUAAUUGUAAUAUAUUUAAUCAAAAUAGUGAAGCGUUUAAUGGAAAGGUACAUUUCAAUUUUUUUCAUAGUAAUUUUGCAAUGCCUAUUUGCUUACCUGAAUUACACAGUAACAAUAUUAGUUCCUUUAGUUCUCGUAGGAAUUCGUGAAAUUGGAUUUCACCGAAUUCUUGAUUGAUGAAUCAGAUAGAAAUCAUUGUAAUUACAGAUAAUUACAGGGCUAUUGUACAUAUAUCCAACAGUUAUAUAUGUACAUCAUUUCAGUGAUAAGAUUUUUAUCACAAUGUAAGAUAAUUUAAUAAAAUGAAUGAAAAAAAAAAUCAU